AUGGAUCAUCCUGACCUGAGUGUAUUCCCAUCUGAACUACGCGGUCGUCGUAUUCUAUUCUGCGUCGAGUCUUUCGGUCCCAUCAAUGGCGUUAGCAGGACGAAUAUGAACUUGGUCAACCAUUUGCGAUCGCAUGGUGCCCAAGUCGCCGUCGUGGCACCCCACAACCACACCAAAGUCAACACCUUUGAGGCCAUCGACAAUCUUGAUGCCAGCUCCAUGCGGUCACAGGAGAUUCGCUUGACAGGAUACCCUUUGCCCUUCAAUCCCGAGCUCUCCAUCGUCUACCCCGUCCGUUUGUCCCAACUGUACGAGCGGACGUUUGGCGGCCCUCCCGACUUGAUCUAUCUGGGAAGUCCGGCAUCUCUGGGGUUUCAAGUCAUGUUGCAACUUCGCCAACAACCAGCCUAUACUCAAGUACCAGUUAUUUGCAACUUCCAGACAGACCUAGCAGGUUACUGCGAGAUCCUCUUUCCCCAGCCACUGGGGGCCAUUGCCAGUUGGACUUUUAGCAAGGUUCAGGGAUAUCUCUUCUCUCACUCCUCCGUCAAAACCAUCUUCUAUCCGAGCAAGUUCGUGAAAAGAUACCUCGAGGGACCAGCAGGGGUCCAAGGAGAAAAGUUGGACGUUUUGAGGCGAGGCGUGAAUACGGAUGGAUUCAGCCCGUUGAAACGGAGCAACGAUCUCCGGAAACAAUGGGCACCAAACGGAGAGAUCAUUUUAUUUACUUGCUCGAGACUCGCAGGUGAGAAAGGCUUCGGUUUUCUGGCUGAUGCGGCUCACGAGCUGGCACGACGUGGCUUGAAUUUCAAGUUGGUGAUUGUCGGUGGAAACCGCAACGCUGUCGUGGAACAAGAGGUCAGAGACCUUUUUCGACCGCUCAGCGAAAAGGGCAAAGUCAUAUUCGCUGGUUUCAAGACCGGCGAGGAACUCAUGACCCACUAUGCCUCUGCUGAUCUCUUCCUUCACUGCUCAAUCACCGAAACAUUCGGCCUGGUCGUCUUGGAAUCAAUGGCAAGCGGCGUGCCAGUCAUAGCGAGAGAUGAAGGCGGGCCAAGUGACAUUAUCGAGCACGGCACCAGCGGCUUCCUGAUACCACCAAAUGACUUACAUGCGUUUGUUGAUCAAGUACUCGAGGUCGCAAAUCAACCGCAACUACAAGAGCGACUGAGUAGUGCUGCUCGUGACCAAGCCUGUGAGGCGACCUGGGAUAAGAUCAGUAACAAAGUCGCCUGGAGGAUGCUUGAUACAAUCGAGCAACACGAAAGUGAGCAGGCAGAGGACCAACUCAACGAGUCUCACGCACCAGGACAAACCCCGCCGCUGUGGAGCUGGUUUCUUAUGAGUACUGCCUUGCGAAAAUUUAUUGCUCCCAGAAUCAUUGAUGCAAAGCUCAUAUGGGGCCUUUCCAUCAUUGUCACAUUUUGGGCUGGGGUCAGUGUAUACCUCGCCUUCAUCAAAGCGGCACAUUUCGUCAAACACAAGGGUACAAAGACUUUCGACUAG